GGCCGAGCAGGUGCCGGAGCCGGGGAGGGGGCGCCUCUUCUGCGGGCACCCAGGCGAGGCCUGGUUGCCUUCACUGAGAUGAUCUGAGGAGGGCUGGAGACGAGCUGGACUCGGAUUCUAAGAUGACCCGAACAGACCCACCUGACGUCCUGGUGUCUGCCGUGUGUCAGGACGUCCCGGUGGCCUCCACCCGCUCUGCCUUCUGCCAGCCCAGCAGGCAAUGUGACUCCUCCAUGUCUUCUGCCCUCAAGAACCCGCCUGCCCAGCACUUCAACAAGCGGCACUGUCGCAGCUUCGACUUCCUGGAGUCUCUCGACGACCCACCGGUGCCUGUCACUCCCGCCAUGGAGCGGCAUUCCCGGCGGCCUCCCACGCCAGAGCCCUCCUCGGCUCCCGGAGGCAAGCGGGUGUCUCUCCGGGCCGCUGUGCAGGAAAACUAUGUUUCCCAGGGGAAGGACGCGGCUUCCCGAGCUGAGCCCAAGAGACGAGCCCGAUCUAAGAGCGCCCCCCGCGCCAAAUCCACCUUCACCCCUGUGGUCAUUCCUGUGGCUUCGGGCUCUCCACCGGCCCCCACUAGGAGAGGGCGGGAAGUCUACCGAGUGCCCCGAGAGCCUGAGCGGGUAGAAGCGUCCCCUCGCCGGGAAAGCAGCUACGCCUCCAUGAAAGCCCUGAUGAGCGAGGUGCACCCCAUCAAGCUGCAGCCUCAGCGGGCUGGCGGCAGCCGCAUCUCACCCCUCUGUGUCACAGGAGCCAACUGCCCCGAAGAGGCCGCCCCGGGUGCCAGGCCCCCGCCGCCCAGCGUGCAUGUCAAGCGCCGGGUGGACAUCAAGCCGGACGAGGCUGCUGUACUGCAUGCAGCUCGCAGUGCCAAGGGGUCCCACGGCCAUGGCGAGGCUCUCCUGCCCUGGCCUCGGCCUCCAGGGACGCCCCACAGCUUGACCGUGCCCAGCAGCCGGCAAGUGCCCAUGUCUCGGACUCCCACGCCCAGCGAUACUUACAGUGGGGAACACCGAGGGCUGGCCCCCUACGCCCCUGAGUUUUGUGAUGGAGGUCCCACUGUGGCCGAAAGCGGCUGCCUUCCUUACCUUCCCUACGUGCCCCCGAGGUUCUUCUACACAGAGGAACCAGGCAGUUUCCCUCAGAAGAGUUCCAGCUACAAGUCCUACCCUCCCCCUUAUGGGGGCCAGGUCCUCCCGCCCCAAACCUUCUACGCAGAAGAGCCUCCUCCCCCAGGGGCCUUCUACCCUCUUCCAGCCAGGAGCUUCCUUGUGGAGGAAAGCAGGGCCCCUUUUCCCAUUCAGGAGGCCCCUGCUCAGACUUUCUAUGGGGACGACCCUCGCCUUUACACCCCCAGGACCCUCCCUGCAAAAGCGGUUUACCCAGAAGACCCCAGGCCUUACCCCGCCUUGAGGGCCAACCCACGCAUCUUCUACACGGAAGACUACGGGAAAUACCACGAGCGGGAAGCGCUGUCUCGUACUUACCCCCAUUCCCACAUGGCUCCCUCCGUCCAGUUUAACGACUGGUACUGCCCUGAAAGGGGGACGGUGCCCUACCCAGCCUGGCAGAUGGCCCGCUUUCCAGCUCACCAGCCUGCCUCCCAAGCCAUGCUGUCGUCUUGGCACGCCAGCUACAGCGUUAGUCCUCCCCGGCUUGGUGUGGACACCAGGCAUUACUCCAAAUCCUGGGACAAUAUUUUGACCCCUCAUGUGCGCCGGGAAGACCAGCUGCUGCGUGGCCGUAGCUACGAGAACCUGCUGUCUCGGGACCCACAUCGUGCUUUCUCCCCCGAUGACCGGCGCCAACCAGUGGUGGUGAACCUGUCCAGCUCUCCCAAGCGCUAUGCCGCCCUUUCCCUCUCGGAGAACUCCCUCGUGGAGAAGAUGCAUGCCGACAGGGGGCGCCACGGCUGGUUCGUCACUCCAGAGAUCACCAUCACGGACAACGACAUCCGAGCCAACCACGGGCUCGGCAAGCAUGACAGGCGCUCAGCCAGCUGGGAUGUCCUAGAUUCAGGGGACGCCCGAGACAGAGCCUACGUUCCCCACCAGCCCUACGGCCCGGACCCCGGUGCCAAAGACAGCUCCGCCCGUCAGCGCAGCCUGGAGCAGUUGGACGAGCUCAUCACCGACCUGGUCAUCGACUACAAGCCCCCUUCCGUCUGCCAGCCCAGCGAAGUCAGCAACCUGGCCGAUCAGCUGCGGCAGUUGAUCAGCGACGGACUAGGGCUGCCUCCCAAGAAGCCGGACCCCUGGAGGCCCUCGGAGCCCCACCCCACCAAAGAGCAGCCUGGCCGCAGCUCCUUCCAUGCCGACCUUUGGAAGGACCAGGGCCGCCGCUCCACUGAGCCCCCGGACCCUCCCAGGCCCUUGGAGAAAGGCCCGGAGGGCUGUUCCCCAGAUCCCAGCGCGGACGAGGACGACCUCAUGAUGUGCUCCAACGCCAAGUGCCGCCGCACGGAGACCAUGUUCAACGCCUGCCUCUACUUCAAGUCCUGCCACAGCUGUUACACCUACUAUUGUUCUCGCCAUUGCCGGCGGGAGGACUGGGACACCCACAAGGAGAGCUGCAUCUACGGGCGGAUCGGCAGCACCUGCCGCCACGUGCUGCAGUUCUGCCGGGAGAACGGUGAGGUGCACAAGGCCUUCUCCCGCAUCGCCAAGGUGGGCUUCCUGUCUCGGGGCCGAGGGGUGCUCUUCUUGGGCUUCCCCAGCUCAGGCUCCGCCGAGAACUUCCUGCAGUUCGGCCUGGAGAGCUUGCUGAUGUCCCCCACUUACCUGUCACUGCGGGAGCUGGAGGGCUAUUCCGACAACCUCGGGGAGUACGCCCAGGAGCUGCAGGAGGCGGGCCAGCAGUACGACCCCCAGGAAUGUUUCCUGCUGAACGUGACCGUGGCAGUGGGGCAGGAGGUGCCCGAGCGGCCCUCCCCCAAGGUACAGGUGCCAACCGUCCGCAAGUAUGCCAAGAUGGCCUUGGCGUCCUCCAGCCCCGAGAAGAAGAUCCUCAAGAAGGAGCGAGACAUGGAGACGCUGAUCCUGACGCCUCCUCCCGGCACGGCCGACCUGGACAAGGAUGGCGAGGAAGGACGCAAAGCGCGAGAGGUCUGCUUCAUCAACAUCCAGCGCGAGCUGCGGAUUCGCGGCGUCUUCCUGCGGCACGAGUUCCCGAAGGUUUACGAGCAGCUGUGUGCCUUUGUGGAAAGCAACAAGCGCUUCACGCCCACCACCAUCUACCCCAUGGAUAAGAGGACCGGCAAGCAGUUCAUGUGCAUGAUCAUGGCCGCUUCCGAGCCGCGCACCCUCGACUGGGUGGCCAGUCCCAACCUCCUGGACGACAUCAUGUGAGCCCAGCGGUGUGGCCAGAGGGCAGUGGCCUCUUCCCUUCUCCUCUUACGUCAGUGCUAAGGUGAUGGUUAGUC